UCUCUUGGGAUUUUCAGGUAAUAGAGUUACGCAGAAAUCCACAAGGGGCGAUAAAUAAGCGGACCAGGGCGACUCUGAGGCCGAUGUUGAAAAUACGAAGGGACUCGACAGUCAGCGAGCUCGACGAACGCUUGAAAGAGGCGAAGCUGACGAAUAAAAAAUUCCGGAAGCAAUUGUUGCAAAAAGAUUCCGAGCUUCAGGGGUUUUUAAGGAGAAUGGGUGAGGAGGUUGAGAGCGAAAUGCAAGAGACGGUCGACACGUUGCCGGUCCCAAAGCCAGAAGAGGCCGUUAAAAGGGAAGGACCAUCGAUAACCACAGAGACGACCGAUGUUUCAAUGUCCAUGUGCAGCUUGAACUCGUCAACCGUUUCGCAGCCGGAGGGUGAUUACGUCAACGUGGAUCAAGUAGCAAAGAAAAGGGCAUCCCUUUCGAAGGCCACGUCAAUCAUCAUCGACAACGAAAGAGUGGCUGUAACGAGCCAGGCGAUCGAGGAGAGUUCCUCUCCGGGCGCUGUGGCGGCGUUGGACGCAAUGCCGCCGUCGUUAAUAACGACAACGACGACAACGGCGAUAACGACAACGACGAUGACGCAUAUGAGGCAUACGUGCGGCGCGGACGCGUUGCGGCGCAAGAGCGUCCCCGACGAGGCGGUCAAGGACGGCGAGCCGUUGCUGAAGCGUCACAGGAGCCCGGAGCCGCUGCCAAACGAAGCCAUGACCACGCGCUACGGUUUCGUGCCGCCGGUCGUUGAGGAAAGCGACUCCGUGAUCUUGGAGGAGACCGAGAUCGCGAGACACGUGUGCCGCGUGAGGAGAAGGAGCAAGGACGAGCGCAGAGCGAAGCUGUCGACGCCGCCGCCGACCAAGAACGUCUCCUUCGGCGAGCUCCACGAGCAGAGCUACAUCGAGCACGUGAUGCCGUUUUCAUUGCAAUACGUGCCGAAUCAUCGACACGCCGGGAAGUACGACGAGUCGAUGUCGACGAUAAUCCAGCGUUCCAUGUCGGAACGCACGCGGGAGAAGUGCCUGCGGCUGCACAUCGGUGGCGGCCACCCCAUAGUCGAGUGCUCGCACCGCGUCGCGCGCCGCAUGUGCCGUCACGCGGGCUCGAAGCUGCGCCAUCAGGCACGGUUGGAGUACGUGCAGAGCACCCCGAAUGUGGCGACGAUGCACAACGGCAAGCACGUCGCGGCGAACGCACGCGAUGGAAGCGGCGACGUGAACGGUGGUUCCUCGGUGAACGUGUCGAAGAUGUACAGCGCCGUAUCGGACGGUGAACUGCUGGAUCUGACGAUUCUGCCAAUCUUUCAGAAGCUCCUCACCGAGCGGCACAAGAGCACUGCCAGGCGGGGCUAUCGCUCGAAUAUAGCUAGUUGCCCGAAUAUAUCCAUCAAGUGCGACAUCGUCGAGUACCUCUAACGGCCAAGCCGGCGGCGACCUGACGCUUUCUCCUCACCGCGCCGGCACGCGCACACGCGAAAUCACGUUUCUCGUCACGGACUCACCCCACAGGGCGUGCUAGAUCGGUUAUCUAAGUUAAUUAGUUAAUCUCGCGUUUGCGAGCGUCUUUUAGAUUGUUGCGCCCCGAGCGAGCGAGCGGCCGGCGACGUUAUUCGCGAUAACGGCAUCGUUAAAUCGAACGUAUUUCAGACGGUUUUUACCACUCCGUUGAUUUAUUUAUAAGAAUGAUGAAGGACUUGAAAUACCGCUACCGCGCCGCGUUAAUUAAUUAUUCGUUCCGUCUCUCGCGUCCUCGCUCUACAGCACUCGAUAUAUCACGGUAAAGCGCGGACGAGGACAAAAAAAGAAGGGUAACAUAACGCUCUAGUAAUAAUGAUGCUCGAAUCGUAUAACUCUCUUAUCGAGAUACGAGAGAAAGACAACGGUCGACGAAUAAAGGUAAGACUUUUUCUAUUAACACACGAGAGAUAUUUUCUAAAGACGACGAUUAUAUUUAAGCGUAGGAACGUAGAAGGCGAAACGAGGGAGAAAAUAAAGAGAAAAAAAUAUUUAAAAAAAAAAAAAAACAGAGAAAGCAAAUUCGGAGUUUAACGAAGUCUAUCGCGAGCUCGAAGACUCAAAAAGCCACCGAGAUCUCAAUAUCUGCUCGUCUCAUCGUCGUUAUUCGGUUCUAGACGUAAAUGGAGUAAAUGUACGGAUUUGCGCGCGAUAUUAUCGAGCACACUUAGUUACUUGAACGUCAGUCAAUAGAUCCUGUAUCUCAUUAGUGACGCAGCAUGUUACGUGACAUAUAACAAACAUUACGGUGAAGCAAACGAGGGAAAAACUUCGUACCUAUCCAUGAUACAGCACACGCACUUUCGAGAGGAUGAUGUCAGAGAGGAAGGGAGGGACGGAGGUCGUCUAUGCAAUCGAUAUAGCGUAUCGCUUUCGGGGGGAGAGGGAAAAGAG